AUGGUGAACUCGCUCCUGUUUGGGGAGAUGGCCUUGGCCUUCGGCUGCCCGCCCGGCGGCGGCGGCGGGAGCUGCCCCGGCGGGGGCGGCGGCGGCGGUGGGGCCGGGCCGGGGCCGUCGCCGGUGACGGCGGCGCUGCGGGACGACCUGGGCUCCAACAUCCACCUCUUGAAGGGGCUCAACGUGCGCUUCCGCUGCUUUCUGGCCAAGGUGCACGAGCUGGAACGGCGCAACCGGCUGCUGGAGAAGCAGCUGGAGCAGCAGCAGAGCGAGCGCGAGCGGCGGCUGCGUUACAAGACCUUCUCUCGAGAGCAGGCCGUGCAGACCGGGCCCGAGCUGCUGCGGCCGCCAGCGCCCGGCGCGGGGCACGGCAGCGGCAGCGGCGCGGCGGCGGGCGCCAACGCCAACACCGUUGCCCUGGGCGGCCUGCCCCCCGGCGGCGGCUCGCACCCGCAGCACUACGGCCGCCUGCCUGGGACCAUCUGGAGCUACACGCAGGUGCGGCGCACGGGCGGCGGCGGCGUGGAGACGGUGCAGGGCCCCGGCGUGUCGUGGGUGCACCCCGACGGCGUGGGCGUGCAGAUCGACACCAUCACGCCUGAGAUACGCGCGCUCUACAACGUGCUGGCUAAGGUGAAGCGCGAGCGCGACGAGUACAAGCGGAGGUGGGAGGAGGAGCUCGCCAAACGCAUGAACUUGCAGACCAUGGUGGACACGCUGCAGGAGGCGGCGCAGGAGGCUGAAGCCAUCCAGGAGGAGAUGAACGAGAAGAUCGAGCGGCUCAAGGCCGAGCUAGUGGUGUUUAAAGGGCUCAUGAGUGACCCCAUGACAGACCUGGACACAAAGAUCCAAGAAAAGGCCAUGAAGGUGGACAUGGACAUCUGUCGCCGGAUCGAUAUCACGGCCAAGCUGUGCGAUGUUGCACAGCAGCGGAACUCGGAAGACGUGUCCAAGAUCUUCCAGGUGGUCCCCAAAAAGAAAGAGCGUAAGGUGGCUUCGGACGAUGAUAUCUCCGAGCAGGACGGGGAGGUGAACCGGUUCUCGGAUGACGAGGUCGGCUCCAUGAACAUCACAGAUGAGAUGAAACGCAUGUUUAACCAGCUGCGGGAGACCUUUGACUUUGACGAUGACUGUGAUAGCCUGACGUGGGAGGAGAAUGAAGACACACUGCUGCUCUGGGAAGACUUCACCAACUGCAACCCAAGCAUCGACCUGCAAGGCGAGCAAGAGGAAAAUUUGGGCAACUUGAUCCACGAGACAGAAUCCUUCUUCAAGACGAGAGACAAGGAGUACCAGGAAACGAUUGGCCAGAUCGAGCUGGAGCUGGCCACGGCCAAGAGCGACAUGAACCGGCACUUGCACGAGUACAUGGAGAUGUGCAGCAUGAAGCGCGGGCUGGACGUGCAGAUGGAGACCUGCCGCCGGCUCAUCAAGGGCUCUGCAGACAGGAAUUCACCAUCUCCCAGCUCCGUGGCCAGCAGUGACUCAGGAAGUACAGAUGAGAUCCAGGAUGAGUUUGAGCGGGAGGCGGAUGUGGAACCCAUGGUCAGCUGAUGACGGAGGCCCCCUGUGCCUGCUGGUCUUGGUGAUGGCGCCUCUGCCCCUCUCUCCAUGGGGCCAGGAAGGCUUCUUGGAGUGGGGCGCCAGUCCUCACCACACAGACUCCCUCUGCCCUCCCUUCUCUGGAGGCCCUGAGGGACCGCUGCUUCCUUCCUUCUACCCCACCACCAACCAGUGCCCCGCCUCCAUCCACCCACCCAAGGAAUGGUGCUGUCAAUUUCUAUUGUUCUCCACGUUACAAAUGCAGACUUCUGUCCGGACGA